UCGGAUGAGAUUCAAUUAGUCGAAUUGGAAGUCGUAGCAGAGUUUACCCAAUUGAAGAGGAUCCAACGAAAGAGGCAGAGCUCCACAUCAGCCACUGUUGGGGUUUUUACUCUUCGCCGGAUCACAAUGAGUUCGUCGAACGCCCUACCGGCGGCGGAGGAUAACAGCGAUAUGCUGGCGGCAGUGGUGGAGGUCCAACGCCUUCUUGGCUACACCUUCCGGCAGCCUUCGCUCCUGGUGGAUGCCCUCACCCACCCGUCCUUCGCCGACCAUCCCUCGUACCAACGCCUCGAGUUCGUCGGGGACGCUGCGCUUGGCCUCGCCUUCACCAACUUCCUCUACCUCACCAACCCCGACCUUGGCCCCGGAAAACUAUCCUCCCUCCGUUCCGUCAACGUCUCCACCGAGAAGCUAGCACGCGUCGCCGUCCGCCACCGCCUCUUUCGAUUGCUGCGCCACAAUUCGCCUCUCAUGGAUCAAACGGUAAAUGAGUUCACAAAUGUGGUGAUGAUGGAGCCUGAUGAAGAUUCAGGAUUGAUACUCUACGGUGGGAGCACUGUCAAAGCACCGAAAGUGUUAGCUGAUAUUGUUGAGUCCAUUGCAGCUGCAGUCUAUGUGGACUGCAACUUCAAUCUGGAAUUGCUCUGGAAGGUUUUUCGGGGGAUCUUGGAACCCAUCAUCACCUGGGAGAUCAUGGAUGAGCAACCCAUCACCACCCUCCACAUGCUUUGUCAAAAGCAUGGCAAGAUCCUCGACAUCAAGAAUUUGAACAAGGAUUCUUUGAACAUAACCAAUGUUUUUGUUGAUGGGAUCCUUUUGGGCAUUGGCUCCUCUGAGCAAAAGGUGAUUGCUAAGCUGAAUGCAGCAAGAGAUGCACUGCAAAAAUUGUCUUUUUCUUGUCACACUGCUGAUAUGGAUGUAGAUUUGUGCUCCUCCUCCUGUAAUGGAGUGCAAGAGAUAGAUGGUUCCAAGAAAAGAUUGAAUGAAUAUUGCAUCAAGAAACACUGGUUAAAGCCAACUUACAAGGUUGAGAAAGAAGAAGGGCCUGGUCAUGGUAAGAGAUUCACAUGCUCUGUUCAAGUUGAAGCCAUGGACAACACCUUGAUUGCUUUGGGGGAUCCAAAGCCAAGAGUGAAAGAUGCAGAAAAUUCAGCAGCAUUCAAAAUGUUAUCUGAUGGACUUUGUAAUAUGAUCUGAUGUACUUUGUAUGAUGAAUGAACUAGCAAUGUAAUUUAGUUAAAAUUAUGUAAAUUUAUUAAAAUCAUACAAUCAUUUUAAGACUAUUGUAUUGUUUCAUAUAGUUGAUUGGUAUAUAUUGUUAGUAGUUA